UCAAGCCCCGCCACAACUUAGUAACUUCCUCCCAAUAUACCACCGAGCACCAACGCAUACGGCUACAAACCGCACCUUUUGUAUCUGCAAAACUUCCUGUCAAAAUGAGUGGUGGUUGGAAUACCAUCGAGUCCGAUGCGGGCGUCUUCACCGACCUUCUCACCAACCUCGGCGUAAAAGGCGUCCAAUUCGAGGAACUUCUCUCCCUAGAACCCGACGCCCUCGCGCAGCUCCACCCCGUCUACGGCGUCAUCUUCCUCUUCAAGUACCCGACGAACGAGCCAUACCGAGGCACCGACAAGCCUCUCGACGGCACCUUCGACUACGACGCCAGCGAGCGACUCUUCUUCGCCCACCAGACCAUCCAAAACGCGUGCGGCACGCAAGCGCUCCUGAGCGUGCUCCUCAACAAGGCCGACCCGUCCGUCUCCCAAGAAGGCGAUGCGGGGUACAUCGACAUCGGCGACAAGCUUCGCGACUUCCGCGAGUUCACCAUCGCGCUGCCGGCCGAGAUCCGCGGCGAAGCGCUCUCCAACUCGGAGCUGAUCCGCGACACGCACAACUCGUUUGCGCGCAGCAGCCCGUUCAUCGACGAGACGCAGCGUCGGCCCGACGAGGAGGACGGAGACGCCUUCCACUUCAUUGCCUACUCGCCCAUCGGCGGCACCCUUUACGAGCUCGACGGCCUGCAGCCGGCGCCCAUCAGCCACGGCGCUUGUACCCAGGAGGACUUCCCGCAGAAGGUUAUGGACGUUCUGCAGCGGCGCAUUGCCAGGUACGAUGCCAGCGAGAUCCGGUUCAACCUGCUGGCUAUGAUUCGAGACCUGCGGAUCCGGGCGCGCGAGUUUGCUGAUGAGGAUCUGCUGGCGAGUGAGGAGCGCAAGCGUGAGGCCUGGCGGUUUGAGAAUGCCCUGAGGAGACACAACUUUGUUGGGUUUGCGGGAGAGAUUCUCAAGGGUGUCGUGUCGGCGAAGCUUGUGGCGGGAGGAAGUGCGUAUGAUGAUUGGGUUAAUCAGGGCAAGAAGAAGAUGGAAAAGAGGGCAGCUGAGCAAAGGGCAAGGAAAGGUGGAGAGGGGGAAGACGUAGAGAUGCAGGGCUGAAGGGUUCCCUGAAUCAGAUACCCUUAAUCAGAUACUAGCGGUGGAUCUGUUGAGUUAUGUGUAUGAUCACGACUAUAUGAGCCCCUGAUCUGUUAUUGGGAGCAACGCUGGGUGUUUAGGGGGCACGAUAUGCAUUUGCCAAAAUCUUAUUGUACAUGUAGAUUUCAUACAAAGGAGUAUGAUAUCAUAAGAGGUACGACUAUCAUAUACCCAAAAUACCGAAAGUGGCGGAACCACAAUGGCAACCGUGUCUGCUC